AUGUUGGCUAUGGCUCGUCCGGCCUAUCAAUCUAUCCUGCAGCUGUCGCCUGAUAAGCCUGCCCUUGUCUUUGUUCCUAGCCGCAAGCAAGUCCGUGCCACUGCCAUGGAUCUUCUCACGGCAUGCGCCAUCGACAAUGACGACGACCGUUUCUUGAACGCCGAUGUCGAGCAACUUGCUCCCCUCCUUGAGCGCAUUCACGAGCAAACCCUUGCUCAGUCGCUCUCCCAUGGUAUUGGUUACUACCACGAAGCUCUUACCGCUGGUGAUAAGCGCAUUGUAACUUACCUCUUCCGCCUUGGUGCCAUUCAGGUGAUGCUGGCCUCUAGGGACGUCUGCUGGGAAUUGGACAUCACGGCCCAUCUGGUCAUUGUGAUGAACACCCAAUUCUUUGAUGGCCGUGAGCAUCGCUACAUUGAUUACCCAAUCAGCGAUAUCCUGCAAAUGUUCGGCAAGGCCUCGCGCCCUGGCCAGGAUAAGAUUGGUCGUGGUGUUCUGAUGGUACCCGCUGUCAAGCGCGACUACUACAAGAAGUUCCUGAACGAGGCUCUACCCGUGGAGAGUCAUCUGCAGGCUUACCUGCACGAUGCAUUUGUGACUGAAGCCAGCACACGAACUCUUACCUCGACUCAGGAUGCCGUCGAUUGGAUGACAUACACCUAUUUCUACCGUCGCCUCCUCGCCAACCCCAGCUUCUACGGCCUGAGUGACAUCAGCCAUGAAGGUCUCAGCACGUUCUUGUCCGAGCUCGUGGAGAACACCCUGAAGGAACUGUCCGAGGCAAAGAUCAUCGAUCUGGACGAGGAAGACGACAGCGUCUCCCCUCUGAACGCGGCCAUGAUCGGUGCUUACUACAACAUCUCUUUCAUUACAAUGCAGACCUUCUUGUUGUCUCUUUCCGCUCGGACCAAACUCAAGGGCAUUCUGGAAAUUGUCACCUCAGCGACCGAGUUCGAGUCCGUCCAGAUCCGCCGCCAUGAGAGCCACAUCCUCCGCCGGGUGUACGACCGUUGCCCUGUCAAGAUGGCUGAGGUAUCCUACGACUCACCUCAUUUCAAGGCGUUCGUUCUUCUCCAAGCCCACUUCUCUCGCAUGCAACUCCCACUUGAUCUUGCCAAGGAUCAGGAAGACAUUGUUGGAAAGGUUCUCAACCUUCUCAGCGCAUGUGUGGACGUUCUGUCCUCCGAAGGUCACCUCAACGCGAUGAACGCCAUGGAGCUUUCUCAGAUGGUGGUUCAGUCCAUGUGGGACCGUGAUAGUCCUUUGAAGCAGAUCCCCCACUUCUCCCCCGAGGUCGUUAAGGUGGCCAAUGAAUUCAAGUAUGUGGCGUCCAAAUCUUUCCCAAUUUCUGUCAAUACUAACCACCCUUUGUGCAGGAUCAAUGAUAUCUUUGAAUUCAUGGAAGCUAUGGACCCCUCGGAGAAUAAGGAUCACGCUACCUUGAUCAAGAGUCUUGGUCUUGACGCCGCCCAACUGAGCCAGGUUGCAUCCUUCACCAAUGACAAGUACCCGAACAUCGAGCUUGACUUCGAGGUCGAAGAUCCCGAGAACAUCACCUCCGGUGACCCCUCAUAUCUGAAGGUCAAGAUUGAGCGGGAACUCGAGGACGAUGAAGAGCCUGACACCACCGUCCAUGCGCCCUUCUACCCCAAACAGAAGAUGGAGAACUGGUGGUUGGUCGUUGGUGAUGAGAAGACCAAGAGCUUGUUGGCUAUCAAGCGUGUUACGAUUGGUCGUAAGCUGGAGCUCCGCCUGGAAUAUGUUGUCCCCACCCCUGGCGAGCACGAAUUGACGCUCUACCUGAUGAGUGACAGUUAUGUCGGUGUUGAUCAGGCUCCUACCUUCAGUGUGAACGCCGCCGAGGGCAUGGAGGAGGAUGAGAGUGAGGAAGAGGAACCCUUGGACAAGCUCCUGGGAGCUCUAUCUUAUCUGACGAUCUCAUCUGAUAUGGCCAUUCGCUCCAUGAAGUUCACGCCCGAGAUCUUGCUCGGCGCGCCCAGGCGGUCCUCAGCCACCCCCAACGCAGCCGGCACCCUAGCGGUGUACACCCAAACCUCCUACUCCUUCGAGUCCCAUUCCAAGACCAAUGAAAUCCGGGUGAUUGAUAUCGAGUCUGGCCGCUCGGCCCUGAUCACCAAUGAUCCCGGUGCUAGCAACCCGCAAUGGGUUGACGACAGCGACCAGCUGGUCUGGCUGAAGGCCAAGGGCAACGGAAACACCAGUUUCAUCGUUGGUGAUGCUCGUCAGGCCGAUAAUACAUACACCGCUGGCACUGUCCCCGGCCCAGUCUCGGACCUCAAGGUCACUGUGAUCGAGCCUGGAAAAGUGGGGUUCGCUGUGACAGGCAAGGCCAACACGGACGGAUCGCUGUACAACCCGCACGAUGCGAAGAAGCCAUACACCACUGGUAAAUUAUAUACCUCUCUGUUUGUCCGUCACUGGGAUUCAUACGUCGAGCCGCAGAAGAAUGCCAUCUGGUAUGGAUUGCUGGAACAGGCACCUCUGUCGCCCGCUCGCAGGCGUGCGGGGAAAUACGCCGUCUCUGGGUUGACGAACUUGAUUCAAGUCUCAGGACUGGCUGGUGUCGAGUCGCCCAUUCCCCCAUUCGGUGGUACAGGUGAUUUCGACAUUAGUCCGUCAGCCAUUGUGUUCAUCGCCAAGGAUCCUGCCCUGAACCCUGCAACCCACACUUCUUGCUCGUGUUACUAUGCUCCCAUGUUCUCUUGGACAAGUAUGAGUACACCGGAUGCGAAGAUUUGCAAGGUUACAGGUCUCCAGGGAGCGAUGUCCUCCCCUGUUCUCAACUCCGAUGGUAGCUCCAUCGCGCUACUGGCUAUGCGCGAGGAUGGCUAUGAAUCCGACAAGAAUCGGAUCCUGUAUGUUCCAAACCCUUGGGAUGGAACGAUGAUUGAGAUCUUCGAAUCGGAUAACGGCGAGGGUCUCUGGGAUCUUAGCCCUUCAUCAGUGGCAUUCGCACACGACGAUAAAUCAUUACUGCUUCAUGUCGAGGAACAGGGUCGUGGUGUUCUCUACCAGCUUUCUCUGGAUAAUCCUCAGAAGGUCAAGCCUGAUGCUCUCAAGAGACUGACUCGCUCUGGAUAUGUAAAUGACGCCGUUCCCGCGGCGGCAAACUCUUCGAAGCUUUUCGUGUCCAGCAGCAGUCUCGUUGACAACAGCUUAUGGACCAUUGUUGAUCCUGCCCACCCAGACGAUGUCCAGAUGGUCUCCUCCAACGGCCGGGGCGGUAGCGCAUUUGGUCUUUCCUCGUCGCAGGUCGAUGAGAUCUGGUUCAAGGGAGCCGAAGAUCACCCUGUUCACGCUUGGGUUGUGAAGCCCUCUGAUUUCAAGCCAGGCGAAAAGUACCCUCUUGCCUACUUGAUCCACGGCGGUCCUCAGGGCGCCUGGAAUGACCAAUGGAGCACUCGCUGGAAUCCUGCCGUGUUUGCCGAGCAAGGAUACGUUGUGAUCACCCCCAACCCAACAGGAAGUACCGGUUACGGCCAGCCUUUCACAGACGCAAUCAAGGGACAAUGGGGUGGUCGACCUUACGAGGACCUCGUUCGAGGAUUCGAUUACAUCGAACACAACCUUGACUAUGUUGAUACUACACGCGCAGUGGCACUGGGUGCUUCUUACGGUGGCUACAUGAUGAACUGGAUCCAAGGAAAUCUUCUUGGGCGCAAGUUCAAGGCAUUGGUCACCCACGACGGUGUGUUCAGCAUGACCGGCCAACUUGCCAGUGAAGAGCAGUACUUCCCCCUGCAUGACCUGAAAGGUCCAAUCUGGAAGGUCCCCGAGAACUGGGCCAAGUGGGACCCGUCGCGGUUCACCGAACACUGGAGAACUCCUCAUCUGAUCAUUCACAAUGAGUUGGACUAUCGUCUGACCGUUGCGGAGGGUUUGGCUGCUUUCAACGUGCUUCAACUGCGAGGCAUUGAAAGUGCGUUCUUGACGUUCCCCGAUGAGAAUCACUGGGUCCUUAACCCUGAGAACUCCCUGUUGUGGCAUCGCACUGUCCUGAACUGGAUCAACAAGUAUGUUGGUCUUCCCGCUGCCUUCGAGGAACCGGACUUGGCGGGCGAAGUCAACAACCUCUCGCUUUGA